ACAUUCCGAAGACCCGCCCUUGCCAACAUGGCGGCGCCCAGUUGGGGCGGGUUCAUCAGCUGCGCGUUUUGGCCGGGGCCGGGGUCUGGGCUCUAGGCAGGUAGAAUUUAGUUUCACAAUGUUUGGGGACCUAUUUGAAGAGGAUUAUUCCAAUGUGUCAAAUAAUCAGUAUGGAAAAGGGAAAAAAUUAAAGACUAAAGUUUUGGAGCCACCUGCUCCUAGAGAAUUCACCAAUUUAAGCGGAAUCAGAAAUCAGGGUGGAACCUGUUACCUCAAUUCCCUUCUUCAGACACUUCAUUUCACCCCUGAAUUCAGAGAAGCUUUAUUUUCUCUUGGUCCAGAAGAGCUUGGUUUGUUCGAAGAUAAGGAUAAGCCUGAUGCUAAGGUUCGAGUCAUACCUUUGCAGUUACAGCGCUUGUUUGCUCAGCUUCUGCUCCUAGACCAGGAAGCUGCGUCCACAGCAGACCUCACUGACAGCUUCGGGUGGACCAGCAAUGAGGAGAUGAGGCAACAUGAUGUUCAAGAACUGAAUCGAAUUCUCUUCAGUGCUUUGGAAACUUCUUUAGUCGGGACCUCUGGCCAUGACCUCAUCAAUCGUCUGUAUCAUGGAACCACUGUUAACCAGAUUAUUUGUAAAGAAUGUAAGAACGUCAGUGAGAAGCAGGAAGACUUCUUAGAUCUAACAGUAGCAGUCAAAAAUGUGUCUGGUUUGGAAGAUGCACUCUGGAACAUGUAUGUAGAAGAGGAAGUGUUUGACUGUGACAACUUGUACCAUUGUGGAACUUGUGACAGGCUGGUUAAAGCAGCAAAGUCGGCCAAAUUACGUAAGCUGCCUCCCUUUCUUACUGUUUCAUUACUAAGAUUUAAUUUUGAUUUUGUGAAAUGUGAACGAUACAAGGAAACUAGCUGUUAUACGUUCCCUCUCCGGAUCAAUCUCAAGCCUUUCUGUGAACAGAGUGAAUUGGAUGACUUAGAAUAUAUAUAUGACCUCUUCUCAGUUAUUAUACACAAAGGUGGCUGCUAUGGAGGGCAUUAUCAUGUAUAUAUUAAAGAUGUCGAUCAUUUGGGAAACUGGCAAUUUCAAGAGGAAAACUGUAAGCCAGAUGUGAAUUUGAAAGAUCUUCAGAAUGAAGGAGAGAUUGAUGAUCCACUGGUGAUUCUCAAAGCUAUCUUAUUACAGGAAGAGAAUAAUCUAAUUACUGUUGAUCAGCUGGGCCAGAAACUCUUGAAAAGGAUAGGAAUAUCUUGGAACAAGAAGUACAGAAAACAGCAUGGACCACUGCGCAAGUUCUUACAGCUCCAUUCUCAGAUAUUUCUACUCAGUUCAGACGAAAGUACAGUUAGUCUAUUGAAGAACUGUUCUCUCCAGGCUGAGUCUGAUUUCCAAAGGAAUGAUCAACAAAUUUUCAAGACACUUACUUCAGAAACCUUGGGAUUAAAUGACAGUGCCUCCUGUCCUCACUGGUUUGACAUAAAUGAUUCCAAAGUCCAACCAAUCAAGGAAAAGGAUAUUGAACAGCAAUUUCAGGGUAAAGAAAGUGCCUACAUGUUGUUUUAUCGGAAAUCCCAGUUGCAGAGACCUCCUGAAGCUCGAGCUAAUCCAAGGUAUGGAGUUCCAUGUCAUUUGCUGAAUGAAAUGGAUGCAGCUAACAUUGAACUGCAAACAAAAAGGGCAGAAUGUGAUUCUGUGAACAAUCAUGUUGAAUUGCAUCUCCACCUGGGCCCUCAGUAUCAUUUCUUCAAUGGGGCUCUGCAUCCAGCAGCCUCUCAAACAGAAUGCGUGUGGGAUCUGACCUUUGAUAAAAGGAAAACUUUAGGAGAUCUCCGACAAUCAGUAUUUCAGCUGCUAGAAUUUUGGGAAGGAGACAUGGUUCUUAGCAUUGCAAAGCUGGUGCCUGCAGGACUUCACAUUUACCAGACACUUGAAGGAGAUGAACUGACACUGUGUGAAAUUGAAAUUGCUGAUGGGGAAGAUAUCUUUGUAUGGAAUGGGGUGGAGGUUGGUGGAGUCCAGAUUCAAACUGGUAUUGACUGCGAACCUCUGCUUCUAAAUGUUCUUUGUCUGGACACAAGCAGUGGAGGAGAAAAGUGUCAGCAGGUGGUAGAAUCUCCUUGUGUCUUUCCGUCCAAUGCAGAAGUGGGCACUGUCCUCGCAGCCUUAACAGCCCCCACAGGUGUUAUCUUCAUAAACAGUGCCAAGUGUGCAGGGGAAGCCAGCUGGGCUACCCUUCCCGAGGAAGAUAUGAAGAAGACGUUCAGAGAACUAGGUCUCAAAAAUGGAAGCUCAGUCUUAAUUCAGGAUUCUAGAAAUGCUGAUAACAGUUUGUUGACCAAACAAGGGAAAUGGACUGGCAUGAAUGAAAUGGACUGGCUCCAAGUUAAAAAUUUCUGCCAGUUAGAAUCUGAAGAGAAACAAGUUAAAAUAUCAGCAACUGUUAACACAGUGGUGUUUGAUAUUCGAAUUAAAGCCAUACAGAAAUUAAAAUUAAUGAAAGAACUAGUUGAGAACAGCUGUUUGAGACCUAUUGAUAGAAAUGGGAAGCUACUUUGUCCAGUGCCAGACUGUUAUACUUUGAAGGAAGCAGAACUGAAGAUGGGAAGUUCAUUGGGCCUGUGUCUUGGAAAAGCACCAACUUCCUCUCAGCUAUUCCUGUUUUUUGCAAUGGGGAGUGAUGUUCAACCUGGCACAGAGAUGGAGCUGAUGGUGGAAGAAACAACAUCUGUGAGAGACUGUUUAAAGAUAAUGCUUGAGAAAUCUGGCCUACCAGGAGAUACCUGGCAUUUACGAAAAAUGGAUUGGUGCUAUGAAGCCGGAGAGCCUUUAUAUGAAGAAGAUGCAACACUGAAAGAGCUUAUGAUAUCUUCUGGAGAUACUUUGCUUUUAAUAGAAGGAAAACUUCCUCCUCCGGGUUUCCUGAAGGUGCCUAUCUGGUGGUACCAGCCUCAGGGACGCGCAAGGCCCUGCGAGAGCCCACGGGACCAGACCAGCUGUGCUUCUGCUGCGGGAGGGACAUGCAGAGCUGCUUCUACUCAAGGUGAUCCAGGGAACACGCCUGCGGAAGGUCCCCUCCUCUACUUGGGAGACGUGGAGGUCACGGAAGACGCCGCGCUGGUGGAUCUGAAGUCUCAGGCCGUGGCCUUGCUCCCUUUCCUGGAAUGCAGUGUUCUGUCCCCAGCCUUCCUCAGAGCCUGGACAGUAGAGAGUAAGCGCCUGGGCAGACUUUUACGAGCCAACCGGCAGCUACUCAAGGAAUAUAAACUGGGACGGAGAGCUGAGAUCUGCUUAGAGCCCCUUCAGAAAGAAGAAAACUUGGGCCCCCAGGACGUGCUGCUGAGGACACAGAUGCGCAUCCCCGGGGAGAGGGCCUAUGCCCUGGCCGUGGACGUGGUGUGGGAUACUGCACGAGGCUGGUCUGCCGGGUCCCUGAGGCAGAGGGUCGCUGACUUCUAUGGCCUUCCUGUGGAGAAAAUUGAAAUUGCCAAAUACUUUCCUGAAAAGUUCGAGUGGCUUCCAAUAUCUAGCUGGAGCCAGCAAAUUGCCAAGAGAAAAAAGAAGAAAAAGCAAGAUAAUUUGCAAGGGGCACCUUAUUACUUGAAAGAUGGAGAUAUUAUUGGUGUUAAGAAUCUCCUGAUUGAUGAUGAUGACGAUUUCAGUACAAUCAGAGAUGAUGCUGGAAAAGAAAAACAGAAACAACUCACUCUGGGGAAAAAGAAAAGCCGAGAAGCCCUCCAUGUGCAGAGUGGUGACAUCCUCUCCAGUGCACAGACCCCUGGCCGGCCCCGAGGACCAGAAGCUUCUCUUUCUAUCCACGUGGGGAGUUUCAGAUAGCACCGGCCACACCAGGUCGCCAGGCGCAGGGCACAGGUGCUGCGCUCUGCUCGAUAACCUGGAAGCGAGUGUUGUCAGCUUGUGGGUGAAGCCGCAGGUCCCACAUCCUCUGCUUCAUCACAAGCACAGGGACAUCUCUGAGGCCAGACAGGUGCAUUAGGCUCAGCUCUACAACACAACCUAGAUACCCUACAAUAGGUGCCAAGCAGGUGUGAUCUUACACCACACCUGACCCCCAGCUGCCCUUUUGACCGGAAAACUUACUGCUUGCACAUUAAGCACAGGUGUGGCCACAUGGCUCAUUGCUCGACUCUUAACAGGCCUGUGUAGAAUCUGCACGUGCCCUGUCACCUCUUCCCCCAUCUACAUGACGCCUAGUCAUCUGCACUGACAGAGGCUCUGACAUCCUGCCCUGUGCCACUGGGCUGGCCAGGCCGUGCCAUACUAGGAAAGACGGUCUGUUAUCUGGGCUUCAUCUCCCCCCACAUCGUCUGGUCCUCAUCUACGUCCUGUUCCCCCUUUGGUCUGAGUUGAAACUGUGCUGCUAGAGUGUCAGUUCUCUCUCCAGACUGAGGAGAUAGAUGGGAGUUAUGCCAGCUCUGAGGGUUCAUUCUGACCUAAGUGAUCAGACAUUCUCACUGCUGUGUCUGCUGCUGCCCAGGGAGCCUCAGCCUCUCCUGGCUGGAGGCCUGGUGGGCAGGCAGGGUGGUGGUGGAACAGACCUGUGGUCUGGGGGCUUGAAGUUAACCUGGGAAGGCUAAGUUGACAUAUUCCUGAGUAGCCUCAAUCAAAACAUAAAAAUAUAUAUAUAUAUAUAUAAAGAUGUUUUCCUCCUAAUUCAGCAGAGAUCACUGUCCAACUUAAAGAAAUAGCACCUGUGUUACUGAGUUGAUUUGGGACAGUGACUUCCUCAGACACCAGCCUGUUCUUAGCUUGGUUGUCACAUUCAUUUCACGGAUUCUUGUCAGCCCUGUGUCACUGAUGUGAAACCAGAACUAAAGAGAAGGGUAGGGAGUGACACGGGCACAGCGCCUCUGCCUGUGUGCCCAGCUGCUGCCCACGCCACCUUUCCAUAGAUCAGAUGCUUACUGAACAGGCGCUCACUUUCCCUUCUCAGUUCUACUGUCAAAACCACUAUUAGAAACCCUCAUCUCUUCUCGACAUGUCAGAGUUUCUGUGUCUUAAAUAACGUGUCCAUUUCUGUGGGGCACUUAGAUGUGAGAAGCUGGCCUUUGACUAGCAAGCCGCUUCCCAGUCCUCUAACACUACUCAGCCUCAGGAGAGCGCAUGGAGGCGCAUGCAGACUGCGACCUCAUGGGUGCCCGUCGGGGACUUUGAUACCAAAACUCGAAAUGUCAUGACUGACGAGGCUGGAAACCCAGCCCUGCCAUGUACAGGCUGCUCCGUCUCUUUUCCUGACAUACUUCCUAAUUAUGCACCUUUGGCUCAUGGUAAUAAAGUAUUAAUUUAAUAACCGAGAAGCUUUACUUUUGGAAAGCCAGAGGUCUCACUGAACGUUUCUAGAAGUACCGAGACCAGUGUGGGUGGAUGUGCCUUAAAGUGCUGUCCAGCAGGGGGCGGCCACUUCUGUUUUUUCUUUUAUUUUCCUUUCUCUUUCCUUUCUUUUUUCUCUUAACUUUUUUUUUUUUUAAUUUAGGGAUAAACUGGGAUAUACAGGGAGAAAGCUCUAAAAUUUUGUUAAAGAAAAAAUAAACCAUUUUUAAAGUUGAA